AUGGGUCGCGUCGCGUGGAAUCAUACGCAUUGGUAUAACAGAACGGCUGUCAAAGUAUUGGCUGCGACACACGCGCAACAAGAUUCCCUCGAGGAAACGAGUCGAGCAAAGCUAUACUCGUAUGGUGCUCCUCAGUUCGCACCAUGCUUGUAUGCCGUUCUUCUGUUCGGAAUAACCGUUGUAUUGCGAAGGAUACAAUUGUACUCAGUUCCUAUAACUUCCUUUCCGCUGACGGCGUUCUUGGUACCCAUUCUCCACGCACUUGAUAAGAGAUCAAAAACACCCCAAAAGGAACAUACGGCAGAUUUCUUUGGAUCCACCACGUUAGCUUUUUCAUCGCCCACUGCUGAGAUCUCAGCUCAGCCGGACGUCUAUGAUUGUGACACAAAACUUGACGUCUGCAGCAGACUACGAAUCGCUAUCUGGUUAAGGGUCUCUAUCGUGUUGAUGACGGGUGCUAGCUUGACCUCUAGAACAGAAGCCCAGUUGUCAAUAUUCGUGAUUCUUCGGAAAUUAGACACGACACAAACACCUAGGUACAAAAUGACCACAUAUUAGUAUGGUUUAAAGCCUUAACCUCAGUGCAUAUCGGCAAGCACAGUCAUAUUGGCGUGUUAACUUCCCUACACGGCUCGGGAUUGUACCGCAGAACAGUCUUACCGGUAGGGCGAUAACAAAAGGUGAAACAACUAAGUAGUGGAAGAGACAUCCGCCAAUUUUACUAUGCCACCGUCUAUAGCACGCGGCGGGACAAACUCUCCGUCAACCAGAAAGUACAUGACUCAGAUUUAGUGAUGGCCCUGGAUAUGAAUAUGAGCAUAUGCCACUCGAUCAUCUUGACUCGUCGGCGGGGAUAUCGCCCCAUCGAGCGAACGGACCGAAUCCCAGAUCUCAACGCCGUAAUUUCCGUCAACUUUGUAGUCGUACUUGUGGGUCUCCACCAA